GGAGCGCGUAAAGUCGUGGGACGAGUUAAGUGAAGAAAAUAAAAUAAAAGAAAUAUAAAUCGAUUUGUCGGUACAGAAUAGACUGUUCGUUACUGGCAACAAGGGACAUGCCGUCCUACGCACUCAACCAGUUUAUCGACAUGGAUGAUACCUUGUGCAGGCAACUUUUAAGCCUAGAUCUAGGUGAGAUGCCAAAGACAUCUGUACCACCUGGAUAUAAGAAGCCUGGACCCCCCUGUGCCUUUUCCUCCUCAUCUGUGAAUUCCAACAACUGGACCCAACCCAAAGAAGCGUCCCGCUGGAACAAGAUGGGUUUUUGGUCAGAACGUGCCAUCAGUAUGGUAGAGGGCAGCACGGAAGGACUCGGCUGGUCAUUGGACAAGCCUCUGUCGAUGUCGAGUGCAUCGUCUCUUUCGAACUCCACGUCCUUGUUAUCUUCCAGCACCACGUCGUCACGUUACAAGACGGAACUGUGUCGCACUUUCUCUGAACGUGGUGUGUGCAAGUAUGGGAGCAAGUGCCAGUUCGCUCACGGGGUUGAUGAGCUGCGAGGCAUCAACCGCCACCCCAAGUACAAAACCGAGCCGUGUCGCACGUUCCACUCCAUCGGUUUCUGUCCGUACGGCAUCCGCUGUCACUUCGUGCACAACAACGAUGACGACUCCCGUCUGCAGUCGCAACAGCCAUCUCUCCCAAAUCCUACCAAGCAGAGGCCGCAACUCAAACACAGCUAUAGCUUUGCUGGCUUUCCUUCCACCCACCAGUCUCUAGACUCCCCGCUUUCACACUCGUCAUUCCUCCGUGCGCCAUCUGCAUCGCCGCCUUCUUCAGCAAACCUGUCAGACAUUCUCACCAUGGCAUUCCCAGAGCUGAGCCCAAGCACCGUAGACCAGACAUGGGAUCCUCUUUCUCAGUUCUCGCCCUCGCCCGAUUCCGGCUGCUCGAGCAGCGAACCGAUGCCCACCGCUUUGGAGCAGACGGGCUCAACCAGCCAGACGGGACUUGGUGUCACCGAUCUGGGUCUGAGCCUUUCUCUGGGCGCCCGGAGCCUCUCGCUGACGUCUCUUUCAGACCACGAGGGUUGUUGUAGCAGCGCGAGUAGCCUGAGUGGAUCUGAUUCGGCUCACGAUGCUGCUGCUAAGAGGCUGCCCAUUUUUAGCCAGCUUUCUGUGCCUGAUGAUGGCUUCUGCAGCGAGGACAGUGCCAGCUUUUUCUUCUAGAAGUAGUUUGUGCAAAGCUCCUGAACUCUAUGACUUUUGUAGUGAGAGGGAAGACAAGCGUGUGUGUAAAAGUUUAAAAAAAUAUCCUUAAACAAGUAGCAGAAUGUCGUUUUUGCUUUCUUGUUUAAUCUUAACCACAAUGUGACUUAAAAAAAGAGAAAUGUGAAUUGUGGAGACACUGUAUCUGAGCAGUAUUUAAUUUAGUUAGAUGUAUAAAGGAUUAUAUGAAAAGCCAAAGAAGAAAUGACCAGUAUGGCCUUUUUGUGCAAAUGUUCUAUAGAUUCUGUUAAUGUAAUGUGGAAAGAGUCUUUCUCAUGUUCUGUGCACAACUGUUUUGCAGUUUGGAAUUGAAGCUCUUCUGUGCCAUGUUCAUCGUCGUGAGCAGCAAAGAACUGUUAGACGCAUCAGUUCCGUCUUAAGCUUGGUUUCUCGCCAGAGUAAAGAAUACUAACAAAUUCGUAGCUGACUUUCAGCUCUUGAUAUUAUCUAGGUUUCUUGAAUUUAGUAGAUUUGAAUGUGAUAUUAGGGAGAUGUGUGUGUGAAACUUUUUUUUUUUUAUCGUUUCAUAGCCUAGAUGGUUCUGAAAAUGGUAAAUUAUUUUUUUUUGUAUCUUCAUGGCUUCCAUGUUACAUAAUGUAGACGCAGCAGAGGAUUUAGUGGCCUGAUUGCUUUCUUUUUUUUUAAUUUUAUUUAUUUUAUUGUAUUUAUAGAAAACAAGUUGUUUCAUAAUGUUUGUAUUAAGGUUAAUAUAUUUUUUUGCAGUUUUGUACUGAAAAUAAACUUUUUUUUAAACUUG